AUGCAAAAGAAAUAAGGGCUGAUUGAGGCCGUGGAAGAUUUCCAGGCCAGCUACCCACUUCAAUUUCACCUUCCUUCCCAUUCAGGAAGAUAUAUUAAUGAAUCAUUCAAGGAUCUCGUUGUUAAAUAUGGGGUGAAAAAGAUUGAUGGUUGCUGGCUCGCCAUGCACAAUGUAGAGGGGUUGGAGUUCCCUGGUGCACGUCUUGGCGAUUUGGGUGAUAUCUACCACAAGCCUUUCGGUUCUUAACUAACUCUGUUUCUUCAAAACGGUUCCACAAUUGGAAAUCAGAUAGUAUCUUUGUGCUUAGCAAAGAAAAAGGUUUUAAUUCAAACUAACUCACACAUAUCAGUCUACUCUGGUUUACAACUUGCUGGAGCAACAAUCAUUCCAUUACAACCUGAAUACAACGCGGAAUACGACUUGUACAUGCCAGUCACUGCACAUCAGAUAAAAGAGGCUCUGGAGAAUGAUCCAGAAAUUGGAGCAAUUUACCUUACAUCUCCAAAUAUGGAGGGGCUUGUGGCAAACUACUAAGAAAUUAGAUAGGCUUGCAAAGAUGUGUUGAUGAUCGUUGACGAAGCUCAUGGAGCUCACUGCUAUUUCAGCAAGCUUAUGCCUACAGGAGCCUUAAAAAGUGGAGCUGAUGCUACAGUUAAUUCAGUUCAUAAAACUUUAGGUGCACUCUCCGCUUCGGCUUUGAUAAACGUCAGCAAAAGUUCAAGAUUACCUGCUCAGAAAGUCAAGGAUUCAUAUCAUCUUCUAAAUACAACUAGUCCCAGUCCACUUCUUUUGGCUGAUGUUGAGAGUUGUGUCCGCAUAUUCAAGUAAGAGGGUGAGUAAUUGCUUGAGGGAGCCAUAAAUUUGAAUAAGAAAUUUAAGGCUGCCCUUUAAAGAAUGCCCUAAGUAAUAAUAGGAAAUUUUGACGAUCAAUACGAAUCUGACCCUACCAAGACUGUAUUUAAAAUCAAAGGCCUGUCAGGCCAUGACGUGGGGGAUCUCCUCGAUUUAAUGAGGAUCAACAUUGAAAAGACAACCUAGAAGUGCUGUGUGGUUACUUGCCAUAUAAAUAUUACCGAGCAAGAUAUAGAUGAGCUUAUUGCCGGUGUCGAGUAAAUCGCUAGAGAGCAUGGAGUGGUUGAUGACAUCCGUGAAGAUCAUUAGUAACUUAACCCCAUUUAUAAGAGAAUCUUAAUUGCUAGAAAAAUCACUGUUGACUUGAGAGAUGUGCUUGCUUCUGAAAGUGAUUAUCUCCCAGCCGACCAAUGCCUAGGAAAGAUCAGUGCCGAAAUCAAGUAUGUAUGUCCUCCAGGGUUCCCAGUUCUAGUGUACGGAGAGGAGAUUCUUCAGGAGCAUAUCGAAUACUUCGGUCAGCAAAAAAUCAAGGUUCUCAGAAACGAUUGA